UUCUUCUUCUGCCUUUGGAGCAGCCAUGGCCGCAGAGGGGCGCCUGGGCCUCCCCUUCCCCGCCGCUUCUCUCGCUGCCGACCAAGGAGCCUUUUAAGAAGGCGAAGAAGACAAAGGAGGAGGAGGAGGAGGCGCUGGCUUCCCCGGUUGUUCUGGGCGGAAGUAUGAGAGGGCGGCCGAGGAGGGGCUGCGCCCAGCCUUCCUCGCGGCCAAGGCCCCCGGGACCCAGGGCGCCCCCGCCGCCGCCGCCGCCGCUUCCCCUCCGCCGGUGAGGGCCAGAGAGGGAAGAUGGGCGCCGUGCUCAGGAGCCUCCUCGUCUGCGGCUUCUGCUCCCUGGCCAGAGCUUCUCCACUGUUGCUGUAUGCAAAUCGGCGUGAUCUACGACUGGUGGAUGCUGCACAGGUGAAUGAGAAUGCUACAGUUGUGGUGGGUGGUUUGGAAGAUGCAGCUGCAGUGGACUUCAUCUUCAUCCAUGGCUUGAUAUACUGGAGUGAUGUGAGUGAAGAAGCCAUUAAACGAACAGAAUUCAACAAAACAGGGAGUGUACAAAAUGUGGUCAUCUCUGGACUGUUGUCACCUGAUGGGCUAGCUUGUGAUUGGCUGGGUGAGAAACUAUACUGGACAGAUUCAGAAACAAACCGGAUUGAAGUUUCAAAUUUAGAUGGAUCUCUGCGGAAAGUUUUAUUUUGGCAAGACUUGGAUCAACCCAGAGCAAUUGCCUUAGAUCCUACAAGAGGGUUCAUGUACUGGACAGAUUGGGGAGAAGUGCCAAAGAUAGAGCGUGCUGGGAUGGAUGGCUCAACCCGCUCAAUUAUUAUCACCGCAGACAUUUAUUGGCCAAAUGGGUUAACUUUAGAUUAUGAAGAACAGAAGCUCUACUGGGCAGAUGCAAAACUGAAUUUUAUUCACAGAUCAAAUCUGGAUGGAACUCAUCGGGAAGCUGUCAUUAAAGGAUCCCUUCCACACCCUUUUGCUCUGACAUUAUUUGGAGAUACAUUGUAUUGGACUGACUGGACAACUCGCUCUGUCUUGGCCUGCAAUAAAUAUACUGGGGAGAACUUGCGUGAAAUACAUUCAAACAUCUUUUCUCCAAUGGAUAUCCAUGUUUUCAACCAACAAAGGCAACCCAAUGCUACAAAUCCAUGCGGAACCAAUAAUGGUGGUUGCUCUCACUUGUGUUUGAUGUCUCCCGUGAAGCCUUCUUACCAGUGUGCAUGUCCCACAGGUGUGAAACUCCUUGAGAAUGAAAAGACCUGUAAAGAUGGUGCCAUGGAGUUGCUGCUGUUAGCCCGGAGGACUGAUCUGAGGCGGAUAUCCUUAGACACUCCCGAUUUCACCGAUAUUGUUUUGCAGUUGGAAGACAUUCGGCAUGCCAUUGCUAUUGAUUAUGAUCCUGUAGAAGGGUAUAUCUACUGGACAGAUGAUGAAGUGAGAGCCAUACGGCGCUCUUUCAUUGAUGGGUCAGCUAGCCAGUUUGUUGUGCAGGCACAAAUUGCACAUCCUGAUGGCAUUGCUGUUGAUUGGAUUGCUCGAAACCUUUAUUGGACUGAUACUGGUACGGACCGUAUUGAAGUUACAAGGCUUAAUGGAACUAUGAGGAAGAUCUUGAUCUCAGAAGACUUGGAAGAACCAAGAGCUAUAGUUCUGGAUCCUAUGAUUGGUUACAUGUAUUGGACUGACUGGGGAGAGAUUCCAAAGAUCGAAAGGGCAGCAUUAGAUGGCUCAGACAGAGUUGUACUGGUGAAUACUUCCCUUGGAUGGCCAAAUGGAUUGGCGCUGGAUUAUGAUGAAAACAAGAUAUACUGGGGAGAUGCCAAAACAGAUAAAAUUGAGGUGAUGAACACAGAUGGAACCAACAGGAGAGUCCUUGUGGAGGACAAGCUGCCUCAUAUCUUUGGCUUCACACUUUUGGGAGACUAUAUUUAUUGGACAGACUGGCAAAGGCGAAGCAUUGAGCGAGUUCAUAAACAGACAGCAGAAAGGGAAAUCAUUAUCGAUCAGUUACCAGACCUCAUGGGGCUGAAGGCUACAAAUGUCCAUCAGAUAAUUGGUUCAAAUCCCUGUGCAGAAUCCAAUGGGGGUUGCAGUCACCUUUGCCUGUACAGGCCUCAAGGUUUGCGCUGCGCCUGCCCCAUAGGUCUGGAGCUCAUAAGUGAUAUGAAGACCUGCAUAGUUCCAGAAGCGUUCUUGCUGUUUUCUCGUAGAGCUGAUAUCAGGAGAAUAUCUUUGGAAACUAACAACAAUAAUGUUGCCAUUCCACUCACAGGAGUGAAAGAAGCUUCUGCUCUAGAUUUUGAUGUGACUGACAAUCGCAUAUAUUGGACAGACAUUUCAUUAAAGACCAUCAGCAGAGCAUUCAUGAACGGAAGUGCCUUGGAGCAUGUAGUUGAGUUUGGCUUAGAUUACCCAGAAGGCAUGGCUGUGGAUUGGUUAGGAAAAAAUUUGUAUUGGGCUGAUACAGGAACAAAUCGUAUUGAAGUGUCCAAGUUAGAUGGGCAACAUCGCCAGGUUCUAGUGUGGAAGGAUCUGGAUAGUCCUCGGGCUUUGGCACUGGAUCCUGCUGAAGGGUUUAUGUAUUGGACAGAAUGGGGAGGCAAGCCAAAAAUAGACAGAGCUGCCAUGGAUGGUGGUGAACGCAGUACAUUGGUGCCAAAUGUGGGACGGGCUAAUGGACUGACAAUUGAUUAUGUUAAAAGAAGAUUAUACUGGACCGAUCUGGAUACUAACCUGAUUGAAUCAUCCAAUAUGCUAGGUCUUGACCGUGACGUUAUAGCAGAUGAUCUGCCUCAUCCAUUUGGUCUGACUCAAUAUCAGGAUUACAUCUAUUGGACAGACUGGAGCCGGCGUAGCAUUGAGCGUGCCAACAAAACCAGUGGCCAAAACAGAACUGUCAUCCAAAACCACUUGGAUUAUGUGAUGGAUAUCCUAGUCUUCCAUUCAUCCCGGCAAGCAGGCUGGAAUGAGUGUGCUUCCAGUAAUGGGCAUUGCUCCCAUCUCUGCUUGGCAGUGCCUGUUGGUGGUUUUGUUUGUGGAUGUCCAGCUCACUAUUCCUUGAACUCUGACAACAAAACAUGUAGCGCCCCUACAAGUUUUUUGCUGUUCAGUCAGAGAUGCAAUCAUCGUAUGGUGAUAGAUGACCAGCAGGUUCCAGAUAUCAUCUUCCAUCCACGCCUCAGAAAUGGGGCCAUUGACUAUGAACCACUAGACACGUUGUACUGGAUUGAUUCCAGACAGAAUGUUCAGAAGGCACAGGAGGAUGCAGGCAGCCAGAGCUUUACAGUUGUGAUGAGUCCAGUUCCAAAUCAGAACCUAGAUAUACAGCCUUAUGAUCUGAGCAUUGACAUCUACAGCCGCUACAUCUAUUGGACUUGUGAGGCUACAAAUGUAAUCAAUGUGACACGCCUAGAUGGGAAUCAGAUGGGAGUAGUGCUGAAAAGUGAUCAAGAUAGGCCCAGAGCCAUUGUUGUAAAUCCAGAAAAGGGGUACAUGUAUUUUACCAAUCUCCAGGAGAGGUCUCCUCCUAAAAUAGAAAGGGCAGCAUUAGACGGAACUGAACGUGAAGUCCUCUUUUCUAAUGGACUGAGCAAGCCUGUAGCCUUGGCAGUUGACAGCCAGCUAGGCAAGCUGUUCUGGGCAGAUUCUGACUUGCGGAGAAUUGAAAGCAGUGACCUUUCAGGAGCCAAUCGGAUAGUAUUAGAAGAUUCAAACAUACUACAACCUAUAGGUCUGACUGUGUUUGAAAAUUGGCUCUACUGGAUUGAUAGGCAUCAACAGAUGAUUGAAAAAAUUGACAUGACUCGUCAAGAAGGACGAACGAAAGUUCAGGCUCGUAUUGCUCAACUCAGUGAUAUUCAUGCAGUUAAAGAACUCAACAUACAGGAAUAUAGACAGCACCCUUGUUCCCAAGAUAAUGGAGGUUGUUCACAUAUUUGUAUUGUGAAAGGUGAUGGAACCACACGUUGUUCCUGCCCCAUGCACCUAGUCCUGCUUCAGGAUGAACUUUCUUGUGGAGAACCGCCAACAUGUUCCCCGCAGCAUUUCACGUGUUUCACAGGGGAGAUUGACUGCAUUCCUGUAGCUUGGCGCUGCGAUGGGUUCACUGAAUGUGAAGAUGCCAGUGAUGAGAAAAACUGCCCUGUGUGCUCAGAGUCCCAGUUCCAGUGUGACAGUGGGCAGUGCAUUGACAGUGUCCUUCAGUGCAAUGGAGAACCAAAUUGCCAGGAUAGCUCAGAUGAAAAGAAAUGCGAAGUGCUUUGCUUAACAGAUCAGUUCCGAUGUUCCAGUGGGCAGUGCAUUGGGAAGAACAAGAAAUGUGACCAGAAUUUGGAUUGUAGUGACAACUCUGAUGAACAAGGAUGCUACACAACUGAAGAACCUGCACCUCAAGCCACCAGUACUAUAGGUUCCGUUGUUGGUGUGAUUCUAACCCUUUUUAUCAUUACUGUUAUGUACUUCAUUUGUCAGAGGGUAUUGUGUCCACGCAUGAAAGGGGAAGGCGAAACAAUGACCAAUGACUAUGUGGUGCAUGGACCAGCAUCUGUACCUCUAGGCUAUGUGCCUCAUCCCAACUCUCUCUCUGGAUCUCUUCCUGGAAUGACUCGUGGCAAAUCUGUGAUCAGUUCACUCAGUAUUAUGGGUGGAAGUAGUGGACCUCCGUAUGACAGGGCUCAUGUUACUGGGGCAUCGUCCAGUAGUUCUUCAAGCACCAAGGGUACUUACUUCCCUCCAAUUUUAAAUCCUCCUCCGUCACCAGCUACUGAACGUUCACAUUAUACUGUGGAGUUUGGUUAUUCUUCAAACAGUCCUUCAACUCAUCGAUCAUACAGUUACAGGCCAUACAGCUACCGGCAUUUUGCUCCUCCCACCACGCCAUGCAGCACAGAUAUUUGCGACAGUGACUAUGCACCCAGCCGGAGAAUAAUGACAACAGUGGGCAAGGGUUACACUAGUGAUUUGAACUAUGAUUCUGAGCCUGUGCCUCCACCACCAACACCACGCAGCCAGUACUUAUCAGCAGAGGAGAACUAUGAGAGCUGUCCACCAUCUCCAUAUACAGAACGGAGCUAUUCACAUCACCUGUACCCACCACCCCCUUCUCCCUGUACGGACUCCUCAUGAGAAUUUCCCUCCCUCCUUUGACUGCCUCCAGCCUACCAGUGUAAAUAAUAAUUUCCUCUAGCAAGAGGGGGGAGGACAUGAGAGGCACGGUAUAGUAUGUACAGUUAAAAUUUAUUACAUAGGGUGGGGAUACUGGGAGUGUAUAGAAGGGCAGUGAUAAACAAGGCUAUUUAUAUAUUUUCCUAAAAACAGAGUUUGCUGCUUUGUGCCAUAAGAAAUUUUUAAAAUUUGUAUACAAAGUUUUUUUUUAUUAUUUUUCCAAAUGAAACACAAGAAGAUGCCUUAAAUCAGUGAAGUGACUGAGCACAUAAGGAAAUGGAAGGACCAGGGUGCGUAGCUAUUCAAUGAGCCAAAUACCAAAAAAGAAGAAAGCUUUUUAGCAAGAAAAAAAUGAAAGGAAACUACCAUGAAGCAGCAUCCAUAAGGAGGUGCAAGGAGCUGAAUAACUGCUUGCGCUUUUAACUCCUGAUGGAUCAGCAGUGCAAAGAAAACUUGAAGAAAACUGUAAGAACAGAAAAUUAAUGGUACACAAAGGGCUUUAUUUUCUACAAGAACACAGCUAUCACAGCAGUGACAACACUGAUGUUUUUACAAAGUUCUGAAAAUAACACCUUGUGGCAUGUGGAAGGGUAACUUGGGGGGGGGGCGUAUUGUUGCAGUUUUUGUUUCUAUUUUGGCAUUAAGAUUUUAUGGCUUCCAGCCUACUUUCAUCAGAUGCAUGUGAUAAAAUGGGCUGGAACCCAAAAUAAAUUAAUGCCUAAUAAAACUUGUUAGUCUUCCACAUGCUAUAAGACUCAUGGUUGUUUUUGCUCCCAUAGAUUAAUAAGCUCCCCCACUCCCAAAGUUCUGAAAAUGGCACCUUUGUUUAGUUCAGAUCAUCUGAUAUAGCCUAGUUGUACCAUUUUGCAGUCUUUUGUCCCUUUCUGGAAACACUACCUUCUUGUUGGAUGUGCAUUUGUAGCCCUUCACUGAAUGUUUCCCCAUGUUGAAAUAGGAAAAAGGCCUAGAAUGUGAUUGUAUAUUCCUGCCCUUUUCUCUCCCUGUUCUGUUUUAUAGAGUAAGGGAGAUCCUGCAUUCAGAUACAUGAUGGGGCUUCUGGUGUCUUUGUUACCUCUGUUUGCAGUGUGAGAGAAACUUGAGCUCUGGUCUCUGUCUUACUUCAGUUACAGUCCUGUGGAACAAAAUAAUGAAGACACUUUUGUAUACAUGUGUCUGUGUGCACACAUGAAAAUGUGUGAAAGAGUGGAGUCUUUUCUUCUUUUCAGUACAGUGGGAUUGUGCUGUCCUACCAGAUCAGUUCUGAUUCCAGGGUAAUGACAAGGGUAAUUAUACCUGAGGAAGUUUCUUCCCUGUUCUUCAAAAUAUUUUGGUGCCCCCAAAGUUUUCAUAUUUUUAUACCACACAAUAAAUAAUAAUUAUGAAAAUAAUUUAAUUUUGAAGUGAUAGUUUAAUGUAAAUGAAAUCUUAUAUUCUUGCAGUACUUUCAGUGUAUAGUAAAUAUCACAGUAUAAAUUCAUAUAUUUAAAAAAUACUAUUUUGUCUUUAUUACAAAGCUUUUACAAUUAUUUUCAGUCAUGAUAGACUCUGAACCCCCAGAUAGUUGGUUGGUGCAGCAUUGAUGCUAAAUAAGCUGAUCCUUGCAGUGAGAUUUCAAGAUGCUGCUUCCUGUUUUAUGUCAAAAAUUCAGUUCUCAAGUCCAAAUUGCUGUGAAUGUCAGUUUUUAGAGUUAAUCUUUGCCAAAGCAUUUUGCUAGCAUUAUAUAUUUGUCUGUGCCCCUUCACUGAUUGGGGGAGGCAGCCUUUCAUUUUCUAGUAACUUUUACACAGUACCAGAAAAUCAACACAUGAAUUGCUUUAAAUGUUUAGUUCUCUGGAAGUUGCAGUGUUGCUGCUGCUGCUGUUGCUGCCUGUUUGGGCAGUGAGUAUCUGAAUUAAGUAUUAAGCUUCAAAUUUUGGGAUUCACAGCUGUGUUCUUGGAAAAUGUCACAGAGUGUCUUCCUUCUCAAAUGCUGGAGUUAAGUGGAGUAGAAAUCAUUGGGUAGUACUUUGUUUUGGAGGUUGCACGAGGAGGCAUCCAGUAUAUUCUUGUGCAGCAGCUUUACUCAGUUGUAUAACAGCAGCUGAAUGGUGCUAACCACAGCUCUGCAUGACUGAUCCAAAAGCCCACAGAUCAUCUGAGAGAGGUCCCAAGUGGCAGCCUUUCCCCCUUUUAGAGAGAAGUAUACUGGCACCAGCUACACAAAAGUUUUUGGCCAGUAUCGUUAACCUAAUUUUUCACAGGUAUAAGAAAUUAUACAUAUUGUCUAAGAGCUGGAUUACUCUGAUAUAUGUGUUGUGAUUGCUCAAACAUAACUGUAGUGUUUGCUGAACUAAAUAGGCCAAACAUGAAAUUGAAAUGUAUCCCUUCAGUUGCUUGCCUCACUAUUGUGGCUCUGGUGACACAAAUUGCCCUUUAACAACACUUUGUUUGCUAUGGGAUCACUAAUUUAACUAGAAUAGCCAAAGCAACCACAUUUGCUACAUGACAUGUUAAGCAGCCGUUAUUUAAUUCUUCGUCAGUUUCAGUUUAAAGUGUUUAAGGCUUCCAAACAUUGCUUGCUUCUGAAUAAUUAGUUUUCUGGGUAUUUUUGCAAGCAUGGGCACUAUUUAAUUUCAGCUGCCAGAAGCUAAAUGUUAUUUCUACUCCAUUUUCCCCAGUUCUAAAUUCAUUGAAUUAGAAGUAAAAUUCAUUGACUUUAUAUAACUUAAAUUCCAAAGACAUUUGCAUCAGGAUUGCAGCCCCGAGUUUAAAAUUGUUCUCAGGCUUCAGUUCUGCCUUAUACUGCCUUAUAAAGGUUCUGCUAAAACAAAAUUGGGUUAGCAGGUGCUCCAUUUCAAAUUCUUCCAUUUUUGUCAGCGUUUGUUUGGCUCUUCUAUACAGGAAAGGCAUGUGUGAAGUCUCCUGAAAAAUGGAUAUCAUAUUGUAAACAAAAAGAAAAUUCCCUGCAGUGCCCACUAUGUUGAGAAUAUUGGGGGCUCAGCAGGGGCUGGAGUGAUGUGAAACAAUUUGGUGAUGUUUACAUCUUUAAAUGUACACCAUUCUGACAGAGAAUUAGUAUGUAUAAAUGUGGAUUCAGAGUAUUAGUUUGUCUCAGUCUGUUUGUAUUGUAUUACCAACAGUCUUCUUGCAAGGUGUGUGUCUGUGCCAAUUUCUGUUACAAGGUGGUUGAGCUUAUGCUGUGGUAUCUUCUUUCUAUGGUAGAAACAAGGUUCCUUGCCUCCCCUGUAGAUUCAUUUAGAAUGGAUGGGAAUCACAUGGUCUUUCAGAUAUUAUUUGAACUGUAAAUCCCAGCAGAUUUAGUCAUCAUAGCCAAUAAUGAGAAAUGCUGAAGAUUGCAGUUGGAAACCCUCGAAAAGGGUGCAUGAUUUUCCCUCAGUUUAGAAGAGUGAGGUUAGUGGUUUUGUAUGAUAGAUAGCUUUCAUAUUUCAGUGAGAUACAAAAAGCGUACUUCAGAAAGAAGGCUGCUAACUUUGCCUUAUACUAAACACUACUUUGACUCAACACUAAUCACCUUGAAACAGGUUAAUCACAUACUGAAACAAAUGAGUCCCAAGGUUAAAUUGAUGUUGAAGAGGAAUAGGUGUGCUCAGCAUCCUCUGAAACAAAUAAUGUAAUGAAACCUUUUGUCAUAGGCUCUGUAAGUUUGGCCUUUCCUCUCUGUUCCUUUCCCUGUUAUAACUCAUGUGUUACUAGUAGUAACAGAACUCUCUGCCAACACCAGGAGGCACAAAGAAGGCUUAUCUAGAAGGAAAUGUAGGCAGAUCAUACAAGGAGUGAGUGUGCAACAGCCUCCUCCUUAGACCAAAAAGAAAAUCAGACACACAUUAAAUGAUGCUAAAGAAAAGGGUACUUUCUCUUGGGAGAGUACUUACUUCUGAGCUUUCCACAAAUUCUAUUAUCCACAGUUUUCUUGUGCCAGUCUAAUUGUAGGAGAAUGAUUGUGUGAACUACUUUGCUUAGAUGGGUCGUAGAUGUAGAGCACCCAUGACACUACAGAGCCUUUACCAGGAGCAAGGUUUAGAAAGAUUAAUGCUUGAUUUUACAAUUACAGAAAUAUACCCGGAUUCCUUUCAUGAAAGCUUAAUUUGAUACAUUUUAAACAGGUUCUGUUAACACAAGCAACAGAUAGUUUGCUGUUUUUUCACUUUUUAAAAAGCAGUUUUAUACUGAACACUGCUUUCUGUUUGAGAAUCUAUUUUUUGGAAGUUUUAUUUUACAAACACUCCAUUUGCUUUAAAAUCUGUAGGGAUACAUAGGCGGGUUACAGACCGCCAUAAAGUACGUGCUCUGCGCGUACUAGGGUUAGGAAGGGCCGUAUUAGGGUUAGGAAGGGUCUUACCUUCCUCACGGCCCUUCUUCCUAGUACGCACAGAGCGCGUCCUUAAUGGCAGUGCCCAUCCACAUGGGCGCCGCCAUUUUGACGUCUUGGACGCAUAGCGUCCAGACGUGUCGCGGCAGAAGUGAUGCCAUGAGGGCGCGCUUCACCCCUCGCAGUGCCACUUCCGUGUUUUGAAAAGGAGCUCCAUUUCAGCGCUCCUUUUUCGCUGUGCUGGGAAGCCUCGCGGUCUGGCCGCUGGGGCUUCCCUCCGCAGCGAAAGUCAUUUCCGACUUACGGCAAACCUAAGGCAUGUCUAUCAGUUUUUGGGGCAAGAUUUGUUGGGCGGGUGCCAGUGCCUCUUGAGGCUGAGUGAGUGUGACUUGCCUAAAGUCACCCAGUGGGCUUCCAUGGCUGAGCAGAGAUUCAAACCCUGAUCUCCAGAGUCAAGCCACUACACCAUGGUAACUGUUUGUAGCUGGAUUAUUCCUAUAUGUACGCUCCCUUAAAGUCCAAUUCUAAUGUAUGUCAGAUAGUGAAAGCAUUUAUUAGCAGAAAUUAUGAAUUUUAAUUAAACCACACCUACCUGUGGUGCCAGCAACUAACAGUUAUAAAUCCAAAAUCAGUGUGUGAGUAUACCUACUCUAAAAUUAGUUUGGUUCUGCUGCUAACUUUUAGUAUUUCAACCUUAAGUACCAUUUUUGUUUUGAAAAUACUUAUGACCAAGCACUGUCAGUGAAAAAUAAAGGAAAAUAAAUAAAUUGUAGGUAACUUCAUAAAGAGGAUACUAUCUGUCAUAAGCUGAACAUGCCUUGUUUGCAAGUGAAGGAUCUGGUGCUGCUUUAAACUUCUAAAUGUUUUUAAGUUUUAUAAUUUUAAUCUUGUUACUGUCUUUUUUAAAAUCCAGCUAGUUUCUCAUAGAUCUCCACACAAUGGUGCUUUGCAAGGAUGUAUUAUAAUGACCAACAUUUGGUCAGCCCUAUUCAUUCAAUCACUAACACUUUUUAUAUUGUAAAAUAAAAACACUUUAUUUGCAAGUUGUAUAUAACCCUUGUACAAAAUUCCCUAUUCCUUUUCCAAUUAUUACUAUACAUGAAGUUGUAACAAAUAAAAUGUUGAUUUUUUUUAUAAUAAACAUGAGGAGAAAAUCUA